UCACGACACCGCGCAAAAUAGGAAAUUCCCAAUUUCCACUCAAGAUUACGAAACUUUUCAUUUUUGUUUACAGGAGAAAUGAUGAUGAUGUGUGUAUUUGAUAUCACAAAAUUUCCAAGCAUAUGUAUAUAAGAGCAGUUGUUAGUCGAUAUUUUCUGCACAGAGAUAGAGAGAACAAGACAUUUAUAGUUGAAAUCUAUAAAUAGCUUUAUAUCGACCUACUUUCGUUUUAACCUCAGCAGAAUGUCACUAGAGUUGCUUCUUGCGUGUGUUUCAGAAGACAAACAGAGUGAAGUUGAAAGUUUGUUUAGUGAAAAAGGACUUGUAGAAACUAUAUGUCAUUUAUGGGAAAACAUUUGGACAGAAGACGAAAAGCUGAAAGCGGAAAAUGAUACUAAAAAUCGAAACGAGGAAAGCAAGUAUUAUAAACUUUUAUUCAUUGAAUUUAACAUCAAAGAACAUUAUGAGCAAGUAGACUCACAUAGACAUUUUGUGCAGAAAGCUUAUAACAGACUUAAAGAUUUCGUCCCAAAUAUGCUAAAAGAUGAUGCUGAAAAACACGAUCUUUCCAAAUACGACUUUUCUCAGGCUAUAGGAUAUACUGUCCGUUGGGUUCAUAUGAUCGACAAUGAUGCAUGGAAGAAAUCAUUAGAUGACCACUACAAACGUGAACACCACCAUCCACAAAAUUUUGGUCAAGAACGAAUGUCGCAAAGGUUCUUAGAAGAAAGUCUCAUUGAUAUGGUCGGCAGUCGAUGGGAAAGAAAUCUGAAAGGCGAUGAAAAUGCAAAGAAUUCUGACCUCGUGGAUUUUCACCCUCAAUACCUUACUAGAUACCACAAGGAUGAUUUGGAAGUUGUAAGUGAACUCAUCAAUAAAAUCAAGGAAUCCUAACAAUGUAAAAAAACAAGUGAUUACAGACCAUUACAGCAGGCCUACGUAAAUCGAUAUUAUUAACUAGUCAUUUAUAUAUUAUGUUAGCACUCGAGCGAUUUUUACAAGCACUGUUAUUUUAGCCAAGUUUAAUGAAAAUAAACCAUGUUGAACGAUGAUGAAUAAAUCGAAAUCGCUAUAGGACGGACCAAACUUCCAUCAGAUAGUGGUAUAAAGACAUGUGUUCUGCAUGUGAUUCCAAGUUUUAUUUUAUUUCCUUCUAUUUGUGCAAACACAUUGUUGUACCUACACCAAUGUAAGAUAAGAUUUAUAUAUUUUUUUAAUAUAUACGAUAAUAAAACUUAGUAUUGAGUUUGGUAAAAUAAUUGUUAUUUUAUAUGAAU